AACAAUUAGGCAGCUUGGUUUUAAAACAAGAAGGGUUCGCACAAAAAAUCGCCCGUUCGCCGUCGAGCUCUAACGAAGCCAAAGUGACCACAUUCCUUUCCGGUCUGCUUUUCCUUCCAUCUGGUCAGCUUUUUUAGGAUAAGGAAUAUCUCCUGCCUACAAAACACUAUGUCAGGUCUCGACGUUGAGGCUCUACUUGAGUCUACUGCCGCCCCCGCUACUCAACGACCCGACGACCGCUCAAAGGCCGAAAAUGGCGACCGACGUGAUGAGCGCGACCGCUCUUGGGACCGGGACCGCAGACGACGGGAUCGUAGCCGAGACAGACGUCGCUCGAAGGAUGUCGACGGAGAUGAUGAUAUGAGAAGCCCGAGGAGCGAACACGGCAGUGCUAACGGAAGCCAUAGAAGUAGGAAGAGGAGCAGGAGCCGCGAUAGCGACCGUCGUCGGGCUCGCCGCGAUCGACACGGCGACGACUAUCGCUCGAAUGGUGAUUACUACCGUGGCGGUGGCCGCGCACGCACUCGAUCUCGAUCUCCUUAUGAUGACAGAUAUUACCGCCCCUCAGGCCGUUCCCGGCGGGAUGAGCGUGAUGAAGAAAGGCGACCUCGCCGUGAACGCGAACCUCGCAAACGAAGUGAUUCGAGAGAUAGAAGCCCUGAACUCAACGAAGACGAACGCGACCGGCGUACUAUCUUUGUGCAGCAACUCGCCGCACGACUGAGAACUAAGGAGCUGAUUGCCUUCUUUGAAAAGGUCGGACCUGUCAAAGAAGCUCAAAUCGUCAAAGACCGAGUUAGUGGAAGGUCCAAAGGUGUCGGUUAUGUCGAAUUCAAAGACGAGAGUUCCGUUGCGCCCGCUAUCCAGCUUACAGGACAAAAACUUCUAGGAAUUCCGAUCAUUGCGCAAUUGACUGAAGCCGAAAAGAAUCGCCAAGCCCGCAAUUCCGAGGCAAGCAGUGGCAAUAAACACUCCGCCCCUUUUCACAGGCUUUAUGUGGGUAAUAUCCAUUUCAGUAUCGAUGAGAAUGACCUUCAGAGUGUCUUUGAGCCAUUUGGCGAACUUGAAUUCGUUCAGCUGCAAAAGGACGAAACCGGUAGGAGCAGGGGCUAUGGCUUCGUGCAGUUCCGUGACCCCAACCAGGCCCGGGAGGCAUUGGAAAAGAUGAACGGCUAUGACCUUGGUGGUCGGGCUAUCCGCGUCGGCCUUGGCAAUGAUAAGUUCACCCCCGAGAACACUCAACGUACCCAGAGCCAGAGUGCAAACCAAAGUAACUUUCAGGGCUCUAUGUUCUCGGGCUCUGGCGGACGUGGUGUCCAGGCUGGAGGCACCAGCAACUUCGAUCGUGCGGGUGGUCGUGAGCCUGAGAAGGGAACCGCUGCCAGUGCCCUAGAUGACACAGACGUUGCCGGUGUGAACUUCAACAACUUCAGUAGAGACGCAUUGAUGAGGAAACUUGCAAGAACAGAUGAACCUGCUGAGCCCUCCGCAGACGACAAACAGCAAAAGAUACUCCUUCCGAAAACUGAACCCAAGCCUUUACCGGUUAAUGUCAACAUGGCGAGUCGGGAGGAGGGUGAAUCCUGGGUUAAGGAGCUGGAGGAUGACGUUCGCGCUGAGUGCGAAGAAAAAUAUGGCCAUGUUGUUCACAUUGCACUAGAUCCAAAUUCCCAGGGCGACAUAUACCUGAAGUUCGACCGCGUCCAGGGUGGAGAGAACGCCAUCAAGGGCCUGAACGGGCGCUUCUUCGGCGGCAGACAAAUCACUGCGCAACCUGUCGUCGAUGCUGUUUACAGCAGCUUGUUUUCCCGAACAAAAGCAAUCUAAUCUUCAUCGACCCCGCUUAUUAUCAACAAGACCGCCUACCACAAGAUCGCCAGUCAUGGUAGGUAUCUAUCUAAUUUGUCUGCCAGGUGCUACUUGUGAUCGCAAGACCAAUCAGACUACAGCGCCGUUAACCAGUCCUGAUACUUGAUAUGGGACUCGCACCAUGUUUGGUCCUGUAUAACACUACCCCUGGUAGGUGCUAGUUUUCUCUCGACAUCUUGCUUCCUACGGUUUUGAAUGCCGAAAGGCUUGAUGCGCAAUGAUUUGUCUAUAGGGAUCUUUUUAUAUUUGUCCUAGCGCGAAACUUAUUUGUCUAUAUAUUACCGUGCGUAUGUCUAAUUUAUAACGAUGAAAGUUCUAAAAU